CAGAGAUGUACUCUGGCAGUCGAUGUCGGGCCAAUCUUUACAUAAUCAGCAUAUGAAGAGGAUUUCAUAAAUUGCUUAACCAGUGAAUUUCAUUACAAUUAAAGCCCUGCAUCCAAAUAAAGAUUGUGACAUUUAUCUCACCUCAUUGCACCUACUUUCAACGCACAAACUGUAAUACAAUAGGGCAACCACGUUGCAUUUCUUGUCCAUUUUUCCAAUAUCUAUUGAUCUCGCAUACUUAUCAUUUUUCUCAUUAUUUCCAUGGUCUGAUGAAAGCAUAACUAGAAAGUUGUUCUUUGAUAAGCAUCCUUUAUGUGCGUAUGCUUGUAUAGAGUGAGAAUCUACGUAGACAUUCCCGACAUCCUCCCUCCCCCUGAAUAAAUGACAGCAUCGCCCUCUCAAGGUGUCAGUCUUCUGCUGAACUUUCCUCUGUCCCAGUUUUUGGAUUUGAGACUCAUUCAUCAUGGCAAGCAAGAUGGUGAUUCAACAACCCAAGCCACUAGUAGUGUCUGCAGCAUCCGACCAGUGGACCACCAGCAUCUGCGAAUGCGACAACGUCAAUGAAUGUUGCUUCUCUGUGUGGUGUUUCCCUUGCUUCGCCUGCAUCACAGCCAGAGAUCAUGGAGAGUGUCUGUGUCUCCCUCUACUGGACAGCUGCGGGUGUAUUCCUCCUGUUACUCUGUCCAUGAGGGUGUCCACACGACUGCGAUACGGCAUCACGGACUCCAUCUGCAAUGACUGUGUGUACUCUUUCUUCUGCGGACCGUGCUCAUGGUGCCAGAUCAGACGCGAGAUGAAGGCAAGACUAUCACCUAUCACUCUGUUCAACAACAGGCCAACCUAAAGAACACCAUCAUCUUCCUCACCUCGCUCUAUUAUCACUUUCACACAUUCUCUAAAGCGAUCAGUCUUUAUCGGAUCAUAGUCAUGUCAGUCCAAAACACAAAGAUUUGCUGUUCUGGGGUUGCAAUCAGAGUUUUUGAUCUCCCUCCCACACACACUGACCUGAGAUCAGCCCUUUGACAUUGUAGGGGAGUGUGUUUAAGAUGUUGGUGUACAGCUUUAAUCCAGGAAGUGGAGAAUUCUGAACAAUGGAUUCCCUUAAGGAAAAUGCCGAUUUGGGAUUCUUACAGCAUGUUUAGUGUCGCAGUUUUUAUUAUAGAUUGUAAUUAUUAAAGCAAUGGCAUUUUCUUUUUAUCUCACACUCUAAAUCUUUCUGAAAACAUCUGUUUAAUAUUACAUUUUCACUGUAGUUGGAAAGUUGUUUUAUUGAGCCAUUGAUAUGUGACACUGGAGGUUUGAUAUUAGGAUAAGAUGUUUUAGUGCGUGUCUGUGUUUGUGCAGAUCUGUAAAUGAUGAAAUUUAUAGAAUAUUAAAAGAAAAAGUCAAUAAAGCUGAUUACAAAUA